UGCUGCCAUUGAAAAUGUUUUCUAUUAUGAUAUUUAUAAUAUUCUGACUAAACUUUGACAUAAAUCCAACUGUGAUAAUCCAACAAUAUUAUGUUCCACUGAUAGUCAAAAUAAUUAAAGAUUUCUGCUUUUUUUUAACUAAAAAAUUAGGUGUAAUUUCAUGGAAAUAAUGUUUAUUAACCAUAAAUUCCCCCCAAAAAAGUGUAAAACAUGUGGUAAUGUGUUUGAACGAGGUUGGCUAAAAAGGUGUAACACAGAAUUAGGUUGUAAUUUAUAGUUUAUGCUCUAGAAGUCGUCAAACCAGACCAAAAGUUGCACGGUCGACGGGAAGACAAUAGGAGGGUUAAAUAAAGGUUAAAUAAAAAAAAAAAAUAAUAAUAAAAAUAAAAAAAUACUGACUGUAUAAUGCUGAUUUAAUCCCGAGGUUGUGUUUGAUUUCAUUGUUGUUGCACACUGCCUCUGGACCAGCAGGCUGCUGCUGCUGCUGCUGCAGAGACUCCUACAAGGCGGACUGACUUCAGCCUACUUUACAUACACACAGCAGACAGGCUAACCUACAGAUGACAAGUGAAACCCGGCUCACACACUGAGAAAUACGUUUGAAAAAGUGCGAUGUCUUCUCCCGGAGCCUCCUCCAACCCUCUGAGCUCUCUGGCACCCCAAAGGAAAAGCAAGAAGAAGCACUUUGUGCAGCAGAAGGUGGAGGUCUUCAGAGCCAGUGACCCUGUGUUGAGCGUGCUGAUGUGGGGAGUCAAUCACUCGAUUAAUGACAUGAGCCAGGUGCCUGUACCUGUCAUGCUGCUUCCAGACGACUUCAAAGCCUCCACCAAGAUCAAAGUGUGCAACCACCUCUUCAACAAAGAGAAUCUUCCAGGACAGUUCAAAUUCAAAGACUACUGUCCGCAGGUGUUCAGAAACCUACGAGAGCGUUUCGGAAUCGAGGACCAAGAUUACCAGGUGUCUCUGGCCCGCAGUCCUCCAGUAAAAGACGAGGAGGGGCAGCUUGUGGAGCUGCUGCUGACAUCAUACGACCGCACUUUGAUAGUAAAAGAAAUCUCCAGUGAGGAGGUGGAGGAAAUGCACAACAUCCUCUCUGAGUAUCACCAGCAUAUCGUCACCUGCCACGGCAGCACGCUGCUCCCUCAGUUCCUGGCCAUGUACAGGGUCACCGUAGAGAGCGAGGACACCUACCUGUUAGUUAUGAGGAACAUGUUCAGCCACAGACUGCACGUACACAGGAAGUAUGACCUCAAGGGGUCUCGGGUGUCUCGUGUAGCAAGUUUUAAAGAGAAGGUGAAGGAGCUGCCCACAUAUAAAGAUGUAGACUUCAGGAAAAGCAUGCAGAAAGUUCAUGUGAGCGACGAGGAGAAGGAGAAGAUCAUGGACAAGCUGAACAGAGAUCUUGAGUUUCUGGUGCGUAUGAGGAUCAUGGACUACAGCCUGCUGCUGGGCAUCCAUGAUGUCGAGCGGGCCGAGAGGGAGGAGGAGGAGGAGGUGAUGUCUUCUGAAGAGGAAGAGGAGGAUGAAAACAGCAUGGCUCCCGCUCCAGUCUCCACAUCACCUGAGGGUAUCGGUGGCUACAUGAACUCCUUCAAACCCAUGGGUCCUGGCGAGUUUGACCCUUACGUGGACGUGUACGCUAUUCAGAGCGCUGUAGGUGCAUCGCAGAGGGAGGUGUAUUUUAUGGGCCUGAUUGACGUGCUGACGCAGUACGACGCCAAGAAGAAAGCUGCUCACGCUGCCAAGGCUGUCAAACACGGGGCAGGAGCAGAAAACUCAACAGUUCAUCCAGAGCAGUACGCUAAACGUUUCCGGGAGUUCAUCACUAAGAUCUUUGCGUAGUUCAAUCCAGGCUACCAUCAUCAUUUAAAGAGGACCUAUAAUGCUUUUGUGCUUUUUUCCCUUUCCUUUAGUGUGUUAAAUAGUUUUUUGUGCAUGUAAAAAGUCUGCAAAGUUACAAAGCCCAAAGUCCACGUCAAA